ACAGGGGAAGGAUUACAUCUCUAAGGCUAAAAAGAGCAGGCUGAGCCUCACUUCCUCCUUCUCAUCAACUGGGCUUCCUGUUGUCACAGUGUGAGCACAUUUAUUUUCCCUUCACUUCUCCUUUUAUACAAAUAGCCCCGGACAUCCGUGUUACCAGCCUCAUUGUGACCACCUCAAGGAUAAUCACUGAUCCUGCCUAAAAGACUAAGGAAGAGUGAGUGCCUGCAAAAGGGUAAGAAUAUCCCAGCAUGGGCAUGAGUGGCUUGAAAUUGCUGAAGUACGUUCUGUUUUUCUUCAACCUGCUCUUUUGGUUCUGUGGCUGCUGCAUUUUGGGCUUUGGGAUCUAUCUCCUGGUCCACAACAAUUUCAGCCUGUUCCCCUCCCUCACACUGGGCAAUGCAUUUGUCAUCGUGGGCUCCAUUAUCAUGGUGGUUGCCUUCCUGGGCUGCAUGGGCUCCAUCAAGGAGAACAAGUGCCUGCUUAUGUCAUUCUUUUUCCUGCUGCUGAUUAUCCUCCUUGCUGAGGUGACCAUGGCCAUCCUGCUCUUCGUGUAUGAUCAGAAGUUGAAUAAUUAUGUGUCUACAAGCCUGACUGAGAGCAUCCAGCAAUACCACUCGAACAACAGCACCAAAGCAACAUGGGAUUCCAUCCAGACAUUUCUGCAAUGUUGUGGUGUAAAUGGCACAAGUGAUUGGGGCGGUCACCCACCAGCAUCUUGUCCCUCAAAUCCACAAGUUCAGGGUUGUUAUGCACAAGCAAAACUGUGGUUUCACUCCAACUUCCUACACAUUGGAAUCAUCACUAUCUGUGUCUGUGUGAUUCAGGUGUUGGGGAUGUCCUUUGCGCUGACCUUGAACUGCCAGAUUGAUAAAACCAGCCAGGCCCUAGGGCUGUGACAUGAUACUGCCUUGUGUUGGAGAGGCUUAUUUCAUCUUUGGAAACCCAAAAUCAGUUAUUAGCAUGAAGCCUUAAAUGGUCAUCUCUUGGUCUGGUGUCUUUGUCCCCUUCUCAUCCUUUCCCUGUUUUGGUCCCUGUAUCAUAAAACCAGAAAAGAAGGUAUUAGCCAGACAUUUCCCAUCUCAGGCACCAGAAAUUUCCCAUCUCAGGCACCAUUUAUGGGGCAGCUAUGUCCCUCAAGGUGGUGACACUAAUACCUGAGCAUUUUUUGGACAUGAGAAGCCAAGAGAAUCUGCACUAAUGGCUCAAGAUCAAAGGAUGGGUUUGGGACUUGAAUUUUUGCAUCUGCUUGUUGUCAAAUAAGGCUCCAGCCUCUAAAUCAUACCCAGUCCACUCUCCAAAGCCAAGCAAAAGAGAAGCUGAAGGGACCUUUGGGGCCAGACUCUUUGGAUCAUUGUCACAACCCUCUUUUUCCUUUUGGCUGGGCCUGGGCCUUCACUAUAGGAAUGACAGAGUACUCUUUCUCCAAAGAGAAACUUUGAAACUUCAUUAUUAAAGGACAUUAUUGAUUCUUUCUGUCUUUCUAGAAGUAACUGCCCAGUGAUUCGUAUCCUGACUUCAGCCAGUCUCUUAGCCUUUGAGUUACAUAGCUAUGGAAGAACUUAGCAGGACCGGUAUCUCUAGUGGUUUAGCUAAUAAUCACAUUCGUAAGAGUUCUGGUAUUAUUUUUCUAUCAAAUAAGGUUUUGUUAAUGUACUAUUUUAUCUCCUCAAUAAAUAAAACAGCUUAUGACCUCAAUCA